UCACUGUCUAUUUCUCCAUGGAGGAGUGGGAGUAUUUAGAAGGACACAAGGAUCUCUACAAGGACGUCAUGAUGGAGGACCACCAUAUACCACAGCACUGUCAGAGUGGAAGCCUGACUGAUUUUAAUGUUAUUGUUAAAGAAGAAGAUGAUGAUGAAAUGCAUGAGGAUGAUGUGACAGAAAUGUGGCAGUGUUUAGAAGGACACAAGGAUCUCUACAAGGACGUCAUUUUGGAGAAUCAGCAGUCCCUUAUAUCGAUGGAUGCAGCUGAUGCCCCGAAUACCUCAAAGGCACAUCUUAAAUGUCCUAAUUAUAAUGCAGAAGAUAGUGGUAUUUUACAAUAUUCUCCAGAAGUACACCCUAUUAUCCAAAGGUUACACCACAUAGACAGAUCAACGGAUUCCUCUGAUCUCCAAGAAUCUUCAUGUGAGAAGAUCUUUUCUUGCUUAGAGUGUGGUAGAUCCUUCAUACAGGAAGAGGAACUUAUUAUACAUCAGAAGGUUCACAACGAGGAAAAGCCCUUUUCAUGUUGCUAUUGCGGCAGAUGUUUUCCACAUAAAAGGAAUCUCAAUAAGCAUUUGAAGCUCCACACUAGUACAAGACCGUUUUCCUGUUCAGACUGCGGCAGAUGUUUCAUAGAGAAGGGACAGCUUCUUAGACACCAGAGAAGACACACGGGCGGUGAGCUUCCAUUCUCAUGUUCCGAGUGUGAGAAGUCCUUCAUUAGCAAACCGAAACUCAUUAUCCACCAAAGAAGUCACACCGGGGAGAGGCCCUUUUUGUGUUCCGAGUGCGGAAAAUGUUUUGCACAAAAAGGACACCUCACCAUGCACCUAAAGCUCCACUCUGGCGAGAAGCCGUUUUCAUGUGCUGAGUGCGGGAAAUGUUUUAUAGAGAAAGCAAAGCUUAUUAGACACCAGAGAUGUCACAUAGGUGAGCGUCCUUUUUCUUGUUCAGAGUGCGGGAAAUGUUACACUCGGAAAGAACACCUAAUUGGACAUCUGAGAUUACAUGCCUGCUGAUUACUGGAAAAUAAAUUCAGCUAUCGCUAGACUCCAGGACUUCAUGCUUACCUCAUGAACUUAUCUUGUUUAAGCCUUUCUAGCUGAACUCCAGGAAUUCAGCCACUUUGAAAAAUCCGAAGGCAUACAAUGAGUUGAGACCAACGAGGUGCAUGCUGCCUCAUGAACUUAUCUCUUUAAUUUUCAUAGAACAGUUUUAUGGAGCCUGCACAGCGUCCUGACCUCAACCCAGUCAAGCUCCGCCACCCCAAACUUGCUGAUC